CUCAUCGUUUCUUGUAAGAAAAUGUGUCAAAGUGUGAUUGAACGCGCCAACAAGGAGAUAUCUCCCACUCACUUUGCUUUGCACUGACAGUGUAUCUAUUUACUCAGCGAUUACUCACUUUGCUUUGCACUUCGUGAUUUUGAUUUUCAGUUCCAAUCUCCAUGGAUGCUGCUUCAAAGAAGAAGGUUAGGUCUUCUGAUUCUCACAUUCACGAUGACAUUGCUUUCUCCAUUCUUUCUAAAUUACCUUACAAAUCUCUCACACGUUUCACUUGUGCUAAAAAAUCAUGGUCUCUUCUUUUUCAAAACCCUAAUUUCAUGAACACGCUCCGCAAAAAUCACGAGAACAAAGCUGAAACGCGUCUCUUCAUAAAGGAACAUUUACCAGCGUUUACCAUUCAGCAAUCCCUUUCCAUCCUUUCUGGUGAUAGGUUUGAGAAUAGGGUUAAUUUGGAAUGGCCACUUCCUCUUCAACAACAAGGUAACAAUGCCAAUGCCUAUGCCAAUCCCUUUCAUUUUACUCAUCCUAUUAUCAUUUUGGGCUCUGCUAGUGUUAAUGGCACUCUAUGUCUCUACCAAGGCUUAACAACUGUAUUGUGGAACCCUAGUACCUCAGAAUUCAAAAUCAUUCCUCCUAGCUUUAAACCGAAGGAAAAGAUUGAGUUUACGCUUCCUCCUCAUGGGUUUGGUUAUGAUUGUGUUACAGAUGAUUAUAAGGUGAUUCGUAAGGUUAGGUAUCCCUUUGAAUUUGAAGGUGAUGAUUGGGUUUGUUUGCCGGACAAGGAUGACCCUUUUUGGGAGAUUGAUGUACACCACCUUGACUUGAUUGACGAUUUUUGGGAGGAGAAGGGGCUCAUUGUCAAGUUGUAUGACUAUGAUCCUUGUUGGGAGAUAUAUAGUCUAAGGAGUGAUUCUUGGAGGAAACUCGAUGGGUUUGAUGAUAUGCCUGAUUAUUUCCCAGGUAUAACGUCUAUGGUGAACUUUAAUGGAUUUUGCCACUGGUUGACCCAAGGACCUGAUAAUGAUAUUGUGUCCUUCAACUUUAGCAAAGAGACAUUCUUUGCAACUACCUUACCUUGUGAUGUAAAACAUAGAUCGCACAUGUUUUCCUUGGUGGAGUUAAAUGAGUCUUUAUCUGUCAUCUAUAAUUAUGACAGGACGCCUGAUUUUCAUAUUUGGGUUUUGGAUGAAGUGGGUGUAAAGGAAUCAUGGACCAAGCUCUUUAUUGUCGGGUCUUAUAAUUGUUCGAUUGUCUGUCCUAUCUCAGUAGGGAACAAGAACCGUAUAUUCUUCAGGAAAGAAGAUUCUGAGCUAGGCUGGUUUGAUUUAAGUACCCAAAGAGUUGAGGUAAUUGGAGUUAACGGAGAGUCAUUUUGUUCGCACAUGGUAAUCUAUAAGGAAAAUCCUCUUCCUUUUCCGAGGAAUGAAUAAUUUCAGCUAGUGGUUCAUGAAUAUUGUUGUUAGAUUUAGUAUUUAACAUCAAGAUGAAUGUUAUGAAGUUGUUUAGAAACUGUAGUUUUGUAUGUGUGGCAGAUGAACAUGUGUCUAAUUCCAGAGUUCUAUACUCCAUAACACUAUGUGACUUUGUUUUUUGACAUUUGUUUGUAUGGAGAAAUGAGAUAUAUAACCUACUUGUUCUAGCUAUGAGGUUUUCUGAAAAAUCGAGAGUAGCUGACUUUGAAAUAUCCAUGUUUCGUUUUGAGCAUCUUUGUUAGAGUAUCAAGGUCAAUGAAUUGCUCUUCAUUCUUUUAUUUUGGAGCUGAUGUGUAAUCUUCUGAUUUAUAAUACUGCCUAAUAGGAAAUAUCAAUGCAGAAAUUGAAAAUUUAGAAGGUAGGUAUCAAUGUGCUAUAAUAUCCUAAUUUUGUAUAUUAGGAACAUCUUCCCAGGUCAGGUUUGGUGAA